CUGUUAAAUGACGAGCUCUUUGCAUCGUCGCAGAUUUUACACGUUUUUCUCCUAGUUGUGCUUGUAAAAUGGAAGGCAAGCAGCAGCAAAGCGGUGUGAACGAGCGCAUCGGAUACUUAACCCGAGUGGAGAGUUUUAGCGCUUGCCAUCGCCUUCACAAUAAGUCACUCAGUGAUGAAGAGAACAAAAAGAUUUUUGGAAAGUGCAGCAACCCCCACGGUCAUGGGCAUAACUAUAAAGUUGAAGUGACGGUACGUGGAAAAAUUGAUCAUGUAACUGGUAUGGUCAUGAAUCUGACAGACCUCAAGCACUACAUAGAGGAAGCAGUCAUGAUACCACUUGACCACAAAAACCUGGAUAAGGACGUGCCAUACUUUGAAAAUGUGGUCAGCACAUCAGAAAAUUUGGCUGUGUACAUCUGGGACCGCUUGUUGGAGCUCCUUCCACCUGGUUUGCUGUAUGAGAUCAAGAUACAUGAAACUGACAAGAACAUUGUUAUUUACAGAGGAGAAUAAGCAGACAUAUUGCUUAAUUAAGGUAUUUUAAAUAAUAUAAUUAAGAUUAUUAUAAUUUCACUGCAAAAAUUAAGAGAAUAAUAGUGAUGUGUUUUUUUAUAUAUAAAUUAGCACUUAAAAUACUGAUGAUAUAUUGAGUAUAGUAUAGGUACUGUCAGAGGUUACAAUGCCAGUGGGACCAUGCUGCAUGUGUGACAUUGAUAUUAAUUUCUUUGGUGUCAAAAGUUUUAAUUUCUGGUUCGGAGCAGUAGGUUAAAAAGUCUUGCAGAGACGUCCAUCUGCGUCUCCUGAUUUACAGUUUGGUACAGCAAGUUACGUACAGAUCACACCCUGAAAAUGUUUUCCGAUGAUGUUGGAUUACAGAUAAUAUAUGCACAUCAAUGUCCUAUCACUGUUUAAUAAGUGAAAUCCCAAACUCACUUAACUUUUAAAAUUACAACUAUUUUUCUGCAAAUGUA